UCAAUAAUCCUGAUUAAUCAACUUCAAUCUAAUUCUUUCUUCAAUUUUCAAUUUAAUAAAUAAUAUCUCAACGAUCAAACCAACGUCAAUUUCAAAUCGACCAAUUCUCCAUCCAACGAUCUCCAUUUUUAUCACGUCACUCAAUAACCGUCCGUAAAAACGGAUCAGCUAAACGGAGAAGAGAGCGACUGUCUUCUCGAGGAAGAUACUUCCGUGAUCUCGAAAGCAGUUCGCCGUACAAUACGACGUACAAAGAUGCCUCUGAUGCUGAAAAUGAUCGAUGUGUUCGGCUCGUUGAGGUCUCUGUUCAAAAUUCAAAAGAUCUCUGUCGACACGAUGACAUUUCGGCUGCAUUAUCGCGCAACAGUGGCGCUACUCCUCGGUGGAUGCGUCACAUUGGCCUGCAAAAGUAUUUCCGGUUCGCCGAUUCAUUGCGAGGCGUCCGGUUCCGUGGAUAAGAUCGUAUUAGAGACUUUCUGUUGGCUCCAUACCACGUACAGCAUGGUGCACGCGUUUAACAAGAGUCUGGGCCAAGCAGUGCCGUAUCCUGGUGUGUCGAACAGCAAAGGUGAUGGAAUGCACGGUCACGUGUCGCAUCCGUUGGUCAAACAGCACAAGUACUAUCAAUGGGUCAUCUUUUUCCUACUAGUGCAAGCAAUCCUCUUCUAUACGCCUCGAUGGCUAUGGAAAGGCUGGGAGGGUGGCAAGAUUCACGCGUUGAUGAUGGACCUCGACAUCGGUCUUUGUUCCGAAGUUGAGAAGAAGCAGAAGAAGAAGAUGUUACUCGACUAUUUAUGGGAGAAUCUUCGAUUUCACAAUUGGUGGGCUUACAGGUACUACCUCUGUGAAGUUCUCGCUCUGCUGAAUGUGGUCGGUCAGAUGUUUCUAAUGAACCGGUUCUUCGAUGGUGCGUUUUUGACGUUUGGUAUCGACGUGCUCAGGUUUCUCGAAUCGGAUCAAGAAGACCGGGUCGAUCCAAUGAUUUAUGUGUUCCCGCGGAUGACCAAAUGCACCUUCUACAAAUAUGGCGUAAGCGGUGAAGUCGAAAGGCAUGACGCCGUUUGCAUACUGCCCUUGAAUGUUGUCAACGAAAAAAUAUAUGUUUUUCUAUGGUUUUGGUUCCUCUUUCUCGGCGUGCUUAGUUUCAUCACGGUUUUAUACAGGAUCGUAAUUAUAUUUUCGCCACGAACGAGGGUAUACCUUCUACGAUUACGAUUUCGUUUAGUCAGAAGAGAGGCCGUAGAAACGAUAGUUCGACGGAGCAAGGUCGGUGAUUGGUUUCUUCUCUACAUGCUCGGCGAGAAUUUAGACACGGUGAUAUACAGGGAUGUGAUGCACGAGCUCGCGAAUAAGCUUGCCUCGAGACAUCAUCACAGUGUGCCCGGGAUCAAAGGAGAACUACAGGAAGCCUGAUCGAAAUUGCCUCGGAGAGCUAUGGAAACGAACACGAUUCUCGAGGCGACGAGAAUAUUUUUCACUGAAAAACAAAAGUGCAAAGGAUGCCAAAGGCGGAGAUUCAAGGACAUGCGAUGAAAUAGAACGGAUCGUUUUAUAUCCGCUACUGGAAUCGCGCGUUUUCCUUCCUUGUAUCUUCGAUACGGUUCGAGUGUUAUUUGUGAAUUAUUUUUAUGAACGUUGCGCAUACCAAGAAAUUUGUAUUAAUCGUGCUCGCGUAAAAGACAAAUUGCCAGCGUGCCUUACGACGAUUUUAAAUUUUUCAAGCAUUUACCAUAUUGUCACACUCGAAUUUUAUAAAUUGGGAGAAUAGAAUAAUAAGAAAGAAAGAACGAACGACGAAAUUGUAACGAUAUUAUAUUCGAGGUUGAGAAAGAAAUAUGGGUUUAAAGAUAGAGUUUCCAUGGACCACUUUUACAAUUGACCAACCAACUAAAAAAUUAGUUUCUUACAAUGGAAUAAGAAUAUAAGACGAGAAAAUGGUUUUUUAUUACAUUGAAAUUCCUAGUAUAUUGUUAGAAAUGAAAAUAAAAGUAUAUAUAUAUAUAUAUAUAUUCCUUUCACCUAAAGUGUUCUACCUCGUAAGUACAGUUACGUUGAAAGCCGGCAGGUUGGAACUCCGCCAUUUUCUCAUGAAACACGUGUUACGUAUUAGGUUAUUACAGAUGAUGUGAUCAAAUUUUUGCAAUAAAAUAUAGAAUGAUU